AUGGACCUCAGCACUCGGGAGGACGUGGCAAAUGGAACAAGUGUGGAAGAAUUCAUCCUUCUUGACUUCCCAGGCACAUGGCAUUUCCGAGUCUCCCUUGUGGUGGUGUUUGCACUGACAUACUCCCUGACAGUCACAGGCAACACAUCCAUCAUAGCCCUCGUGUGGAUAACAGGAACCUCCAUACCCCAAUGUACUUUCUUCCUCUGUUAUCUCUCCUUUCUGGAGAUCUGGUACGCUACAGGUGUUGUUCCCAAAGCCAUUGGAGUCAUGCUGGGGACAAACCAGACCAUCUCCUUCAGUGUCUGCAUUCUCCAGUUGUUCUUUCUUCUCUCUUUAGGCUCCACCGAGUGUUUUCUCCUGUCUGCCCUGGCCUAUGACCGCUACUUGGCCAUAUGUUACCCCCUGAGAUACAGCUCCCUCAUGAACAGUGUCCUCUCUGCUUGGCUGGUGCUCAGCUCCUGGCUGGGAGGAUUUCUGGCCAUCUCACCGCUGGCCUUUCUGAAAGCCAGGCUGACAUUCUGUGGGCCAGAUGUCAUCAGUCAUUCCACCUGUGAUAUAGAUUCUUGCCUUGCUCUCUCCUGCAGUGACACAUGCCCUGUGGAGCUGGCAACCUUCCUUAUCUCUAUAAUUGUUGUGGUAGCCACCUGUGUAGUCACUCUGGUCUCCUACAUAUGCACCAUCUCUUCCAUCCUGAGAAUCCAAUCAGCCCAUGGCCGGAAAAAAGCCUUUUCCACUUGCUCUGCCCACCUGAGUGUUGUCACAAUCUGGUUUGGCUCUGCCAUAUUCCCAUAUGUCAAACCAUCGACCCAGAACUCCCUGGAUCUGAACAAACUUGUGAAUACCUUUAACACAGUUGUAACUCCUUUGUUGAACCCCUUCAUCUCCACACCCAGGAAUACAGAAGAGAAGCAAGCUCUGAGGAGGUUUUUCCAGGAAAACUGGAAUUUCAAAGGGCCUCAUUGA